AUGUUGACAGUGAAUAUUCUAGAACACUCUUUAACAUCCCCGAUUCCGGCCACGGCGGCCAAUCUCAAUGAGAUUAGCCAACUGCGCAGGAGAUAUUAUAGUGCUCAAGUGUACGCGCAGACACAAGUGCACUCUAUUCCUAUCACUCUCAUACUCCGGUGGGACGACCACUCGACACGACCGGGUGUGGGGCAGUUCCGAAGGCACACUCGACAGGAUGAAGACGCUGAUUUACAUCUGCUUAUUCAGCUUACUGCAGCAAGCAUUUUCACAAUGCUUACCAGCAGGGAGCUUCUGCCUCUCCCCGCCUGCGAUAGACCUGCUGCUGCCGCCUCUGUGCCCAAACCCGUGUGCGUUACCUACACCGUGUGCGUUACCAGCACCAAUAGCUUAUGCUGCCCCAGCCCCAUGUUAUGCCGCACCUGCCCCGACCCCAUGCUGCGCGCCCCCAGCCCCAUGUUACCCUGCCCCAGUCCCAUGUUACCCUGCUCCAGCCCCAUGUUGCCCUGCCCCAGCCCCAUGUUACCCUGCCCCAGCCCCAUGUUAUCCUGCCCCAACCCCAUGUUAUCCUGCCCCAGCCCCAUGUUAUCCUGCCCCAGCCCCAUGUUAUCCUGUUCCAGAACCAUGUUAUCCUGCCCCAGCCCCAUGUUACCCUGCCCCAGCGCCAUGUUACCCUGCUCCAGCCCCAUGUUACCCUGCCCCAGCCCCAUGUUACCCCGCACCUGCCUGUGCCUCUGUAUGCUACGCGGCCCCUGCCCCGGCAGCGCCAUCAUGUUUAUCGUUAUACCUAUAGGUAAUUGU